GCCCUCUCUCUUUUGUCCAAUCUGCUGUCUUUAUAACAUAUCAGAAUCGCCGAUUGAUCGAUAGAGAACAACGACCAUCCGUUAAUCGCCGACGGAGAAAUCGUGGCCGUCUAAAUUAGGCGAAGAAGAUCCGAUUCCGAUUUAUAGAAGAAUCAAUCUUUAAGAGAUGGGGAAGAAGAGAAAAGGUACAGCGACGAGCCUAGAUGAGGUAGAUCGGACUGUUUACGCCUCGUUUCGAACCGCCGCGAACUCGUUAUCUCAGCUUUAUACUCAGUCCAUGAACCACCAGAAAUUAUCUUUCCAAGCCGGUGAACGCCAUGGUCUCGAGAAAUUGUACCAAUGGAUAUGGAGACAACAAGAAGGAGGGUCAAGAGUGACGUCUAUGGAUAUAAUCAAUUACAUUCAGAACGAGCUAGAGUGCUGCCCAGAGGAGCCCCCAAUUUCCCCAAGAGCGCCGCCAACACAACCAGCAAUGAAUGCCGGGCUCAUGGCCUCUUCAGGCACGUCUUGCCCAACAGCUGUUCCAGUGGUUCGGUCUGAGCAAUGCGAAAACCAGGUGAAGAACUCGGUUUUCUCAAACGCCCUUUCAAGCCCCAUACGCCGUAGCCUUCAAAACUACCAAAUUCCGCAGGGAGGCUACAUAUCUGGCGCAACCAGAAGCAGUGAACUGAACAGGGGAUCUAACUCUCCAGGCUCUUUUGAUUCCUCAAUGGACAUGCAUGCAGACUAAUAACUAUGAUGUAAUACACUCUCGUUUGAUGAUGUUUGCUUUAUACAAAACUGGUUUUAUUCUUCAUAAUGUAUCAAUUGGUUCUUAUCUGAUGGUUUGCUGUUA